AUGCCCACCACGCCUGGCCCUGAAGCCCUUGCUACUCAGAUGGCAGCACCAGGCCAGGGCUUGAGAUGGUGGGCAGAGAGCACCCUCCCAGCGGGCGCCUCCCGGGGGCUAGGCCUGGCCCCAGCUGGUGGCCGAACUCCGCCGGGGGAAAGGAGGUCGAAGCCCUUUGUGUCCAACUCCCCGGAGUCCCGCCGUCGGGCCUGCCCGCAACAGGUUCACCUGGUGGCUCGCGGCCCCUGGCGUCCAGCCCGGGUACUAGCGCAAAGCCCGCGGCUGCACCUGCAGGAUGAAUUGCGGAGUUUUCCAAAGAGAAACACGGAUUCCAAGUCUUCCCACAGCCGCCAUCGGUCCAGAAUAGGAGCCCGGGAGCCCGAGGCCCCCUCCUCUGUACCACCCCGCGGAGCGGGGCGCUGGGGGGCGGGUGGGCCUUGCCUCCUCCAGGGUCAGCUUCCCUGGAGCAGGCACAGGCCAGGCCCUCUCCGCUCCUCGCCCCGUGGCAGCUGCGACCGGAAGGCCCCCCAGGCAGCCUGCGGCAUGAUCUCCAUCAGCGAGUGGCAGAAGAUUGGUGUGGGUACCACUGGCUUCGGCAUCUUCUUCAUCCUCUUUGGAAUAUUCCUGUACUUUGAUUCGGUGCUCCUGGCCUUCGGAAACCUACUGUUCCUGACCGGCCUCUUGCUCAUCAUCGGCCUGAGGAAGACCUUUUCCUUCUUCUUCCAGAGGCACAAGCUCAAAGGGACCAGUUUCUUCUUGGGGGGUGUGGUCAUCGUGCUUCUCCGCUGGCCCCUCCUGGGCAUGUUACUGGAAACCUAUGGAUUUCUAAGCCUCUUCAAGGGCUUUUUCCCUGUCGUCUUCGGCUUCCUGGGCAAUGCCUCUGACAUCCCCUUCCUGAGUGCGCUGUUCCGGAGGCUUCAGGGCACCAGCUCAAUGGUCUGAACAGCAGGGAUGAGCUCCUUGAACUUGGAUCAUUGGUCGAGGGGGCUGGAAAGGAAAUGGGGGCCGCCCCCACCGUGCAUUGACUCAUCUCCCCCAUCAUACUCAGACCUCUCCAAGUCCAGACGGAAGGACAGAGUUAAAUGACUGACCUCAGAUCCCCAGGUCACCUCAAAAGGCUGUGGGCAUGUUUGACAGCAGAGAUGAGGUGGGGGGCAGGUGUGGACACCAAGACCAGACUGGGGCUGGUAUCAUACCCUGCCCUGUAUUUAUGGGAGGAAAGCAAAGAUUAAAUCCCCAAGCUGUGUGUCUGACACUCAAAGUCACUGUCUCUAGCCUCUUGAGUCUGGUCCCUGGCUCGGGGCGGGUGGACACAGCAUCCCACGGAGUGAGGGGCAGGCCCGCUCUCGCAGGCUAGCAUUUUUAUCCUGGUGGUUAACGGUCUUAAUGAGCGAGAUAAUAUGUGUGUAAACCCUGUUAAGCCACGGGCAUCAGACAAGUGAUGGGCAUCAAGCCUGCGUGCUGGUGGGAAACACUACUCAACCAUUAAUUAACCGGCUGUCUGCAUAACACCCCGCCCCCAGGUAGCACCCAUGUGAGAGAGCUCCCUGUCUGAAGGUGGAGACACAGCCCCUGCCUUCAAAGAGCCCAAGGCUGAUGGAGGGGACAUUCUCACUCCUGGGGAACCCCUCGGCCCAGGGUAAAGAGUGUUCUUGCAGGCCCAGGAAGGAGACGAGAGUGCCUUGCAGUGUACACAUUUAGUAAACUUCUGUGUCUACACAAAGCACAGCAGUGGGUGCCAGAGGCACAAAGGAAAGCCCCGCGGCUGCCUUCCAAGCAAGGUCUGCAGAGAUCGCAGAGCGGUGUGACCACGAGACGUGGCGGGGGCCCAGGAGCCCCAGUGUCAGGUGGUGCCGUACCUGAAAGUCAGUUCUGGGUUCUCUCUGCAUUUCCCAGGUACACGCACCUUCUGGAGCCGCCACUUUAUUUUGGUUCCCUGGCCCCUCCCCCCCAGGUCAGACCCGCCUUUCCCUCCCUUCCCACCGGGGUACUUGGGCCUCUUGUGGGGAGAGCAACAGCUCCCUCCCCCCCCCAAUAGUCCAUUGUCCUGUCCUGUGGGGCAGGAGGGGUCUCCAGCUAAGUGGGUCUGCGGUGAGGGGGUGAGGAGGAUGGAAAGACGACAGGUGGGAAUCAGAAAACCAGCCCUGAGGGGGUUCUGGAGGGAGAGAAAGAGGCUUAUUUCAGUCCUGAGAGCCAGGCGGUGGGAGGCAGGCAAGGCUGUGCUCUCCGAGGGGCCUGAGGGGGAGGAGGAGGAGGGGUGGGCCUGUGCCUGGAGGCGUCACCCUUGGGCUCUAUAAGAGGGACGCCAUCAGACCACUGGCGAGCCCAGCUCCCCUGUCUGUGGGUGUUCACCGACCCCAGGAGCACCUGGAGACCCCACGGAGCUCUGACCCCGCUGGACAGAGCCAAGGUAGGUGCAUGGGGGCACCCACACAUGGAGGGGGGUCUGCCCAGCCCCAGGGAGGCUCCCUGCACGGGAGCUGGAAUUUAGUUCUAAGACUGACAGACACAUCCUGGGUAGGCAAAGGGGGUGCUGAUCCUUCCUGAUUAUUGGGUUGGCCAGAUUAAUCUGGGAUGUCUCAGUGGAUAGCCUGACUGGCAUCUAUCAAACCAGGACCUUGGGGAUCCCUUACUGUGGAAGGAAUAAAGGCAGUGAGUGAGCUCUGGCUGGGAUUAGAGGCACGGGAG